AUGGCCAAUACACCAUUAGUACUACUAGCAAUUUCUUUACUCUUUGCAUCACUACCAUAUCAUGGAGUAUCUGCUCCUACUCCUAGGGCUGAAUCUCCGGUACCGGAGUCCGUCGGAGCUCCAUCGCCUGCUGCUGGCCAGGGAUGCUUGAAUGCUCUAACAAAUAUGUCGGAUUGCUUAACAUUCGUGGAAGAUGGGAGUAAAUUGAGAAAGCCGGACAAAGGUUGUUGUCCUGAGUUAGCAGGGUUGGUUGAUAGUAACCCUAUUUGUUUGUGUCAGCUUUUAGGAAACUCUGAUUCUAUUGGGAUUAAGAUUAAUGUUAAUAAAGCUCUCAAGCUUCCUUCUCUUUGUGGUGUUACUACUCCUCCUGUUAGUACUUGCUCAGCUGCUGGAGUUCCUGUGUCCUUGCCUGGCCCAUCAAGUCAAGAUUCUAUGCCACCAAAUAUGGCAAUGACACCAAAAGGAUCAGCUCCCAGUCCUUCAAAUUCAGCUGAUAGUUCAGUAGCUGGUGUUCCAAGUCCUUCUGAUAGCAAAAAGGGAGGAGCCUCAAGCAUUCAUGCCUCUGUCCUCACUUUCAUUUUUGCAAUGUCCACUCUCUCUUUUUCUAUAUUCUUCUGA